CGCACUUCAGCGAGCGCGACGCUGCCCGCACGUUUCCACGGCUGGUACCUGGAGCCGUGUGUGAUCACAGACUCCCUGAGGUCGUGCACGCCCUCGAUAAUGCGUUCGCGGAAGCGGCCCGAAGUCCAAGUGUCGAUGUUCCGGAUGAGCAGCCAGACCUUGAUGAUGUCGCUGGGGUCGUCGAGGCACCAUUCGUGGAACACGUCAUCUGCGGCCUCUUCAGCACGGUCCAAGCCGGGAAACGGGGCGGACUGCACGGUCUGUCCACAAUGAAUAUAAGCUGGCACCGUGCUCGCUCGAGCACCAGUCGACAUGGGCGCGGACUGUCCCGUCCGACCAUAUCAAUCCAAAUACUGGCGCCCUCACGUGCAGUGAAUGCAGAUGCCUGAUGGCCGCGGCGGUCGACAUGCGGUUCUGGCGGUACGCGUCGGUCAGCAUCUGGUGCAAGGGCUUCUUGUCCUCCCAGAAACUGGACGCAAACUCGAAGCAGGGCGUGCUGGGGAGCUGCGCGCACGGCGUGCUCUGGCUCUCGAAGGACUUGCUGAUGCGCCCGCGGGUCGUCAGCUCGCUUCUCUUGAGGGCCUUGAAAGGAGAUUGUGCGCCGGCGGAUAGUUCGCGAAUGUCCUUAGACGCAAUGAACACGGCGCAGUCGGGAAUGGCGGUUUUGGCGUUUAGGAUUCGUGCUGCAGUGGGUUUGGGUUUAAGGUGUCGCUGGGGUUGGGGGAGGGAUAUAGUACAUUUAGCCCUGUGAGCAAUAAGUAUUUACGUCGAAAUUAGCCGGUGACGAUGUGGCAAUACCUGU